AUGACACGCCUAGCCUCGGCCACCACAACCAAACAGAGGGGCUUUCGGCUUUAUGGCCACACGGGGGCGCCGCUGCUCUGCUCGCUCCUACUUGCAUGGGCGGGGCUGUGGUCUGACUCAGGCUGUGACGCUAGCCUGGAGGAGGACACUCGGGACAAGGUGCCUUCAGAGCAGUCCUGGUGUCAGGCUCGGGAGCCGGGCGGAGAAUUGCGGAAGGGAAACCUCUGGGACCUUGUGCUGUGUCUAGGUUCCAUCAUGGCCCCAGAACCUCGUGAUGCCAAACCGAGAAACUACAAGGUCAAGGGUCUACCGGAGAGGAAACGGGGACCUCCCUGUUUCCCGCACGGCGUCGGGCUGGUCUCCACAGUGUGCGGGAAGACCAGGGGCGUAGGGAUGAUCACUGGUGGCCAGGAGGCCGUGGAGGGCCAGUGGCUAUGGCUGGCCAGCCUGCAGUACCGGGGCAGUCAUCCCUGUGGAGCUGUGCUCAUUGAUUCCCACUGGGUGUUCUCUACCACCCACUGCUUUCCAAAGAAGUCUCAUGCCCCUGCGGAUUACUGGGUGUUUGGGGGAAGUACGCAGCUCUACCAGGACACCCAAUACGCCAGGAGGGUGACUGUGAGCUGCAUUAUCAUCCAUCCAGACUUUAAGAAGCUCCACCAUUUUGCAACGGUGUUACAACUGCACCAACCUGUGAACUUCAGCUCCUAUAUCAUUCCUGUCUGCCUUCCAACCCCUGGCAUGGAGCUGCCCCUUGGCACAUCUUGUUGGAUAACUGGCUGGGGAAAGCUCACCGGUGAUUCUGGAGGCCUUCGGGUCUUUGACUUCUCCAAGAGUUGGGUUCUUCUGGGGUUGGCCAGUUGGGGCCUGGACUGCCAGCGUCCCAUAUCCCUCAGUGUCUUCACCAGUGUUGCCCAUUUCAUCAAGUGGAUCGUCCAGAUCCAGAGACUUGUGCCUCUUCCUGUUUCCUUGUCUGCUCCUCCUGAGGUCCCAUUUCUAUAUGAAUCCUAG